AUGCUCGUCGGCCGCAAAUCGUGCUGGAGGCAGUUGCAGGCUUCUUUUUUCAGACUGCUAUGUCUCAUUCCUACAGGAUUCCCCGUCCGGAGUGUGGAUAUGCAGCGGGCUACCGACAACAUCACAGUUCGCCAGGGUGACACAGCCAUUAUAAGGUGUUAUGUUGAUGACAAAGCCUCCAGGGUGGCCUGGCUCAAUCGAUCAAACAUUAUCUUUGCCGGUGAGGAUAAGUGGUCUCUGGAUCCCAGAGUCGAUCUGGUUACCAAAGGACAACUUGAGUACAGCCUACGCAUACAGAAGGUGGAUGUUUAUGAUGAAGGGUCGUACACCUGCUCCAUACAGACAAAGAAGCAGUCGAAGCCAUCACUGAUCUACCUCAUAGUACAAGUUCCAGCAAACAUUUACAAGAUGUCUGAAGACAUGACUGUGAAUGAGGGCAGCAACGUUACACUCAGCUGCUUGGCCAGUGGCAGGCCGGACCCGCUUAUUACCUGGCGAUUGCUCAACCCCUCAGCGGAGCCACUGGAUGGAGAGGAAUACCUGGACAUCGUUGGUAUAAUGCGAACCCAAGCAGGUCGCUAUGAAUGCAAGGCCAGCAAUGAUGUUGCCACACCUGACGUCAAAUAUGUCAACGUGAUUGUGAACUACCCUCCAACAAUAAAGAGAACCCAGAGCUCGGAAGCCCAGCUUGGUCGCACGGGGACGCUCCUGUGUGAAGCCACAGCUGUGCCCACACCAGAAUUUGAAUGGUUCAGGGAUGACAAAAGGCUGUCCAAUAUUGAAGACAUCAGUAUCCAGGUUCUUGGCACUAGCACCAUUCUCAUGAUUGCAAAUGUUGCCGAAGAGGAUUAUGGGAAAUAUACCUGUGUGGCCUCAAACCGACUGGGUGUCCAAAAUUCCAGUGUCUUUCUCUACAGACCUGGAACUGGCCGAGAUAUCAGUGGCGCAGCCUGCGUAUCUCAAUCACUGUGGCUCCUGUUGGCCUGCAUCACUUGCCUUCUCUUCAAGUGUUAA